UGCCCGCCCUUCCCGCGGGAGGCGAUGGCGGAGCGGUGAGCGCUGUCCGGCCGUGCUUUAUCGCGCUGUGAUGUGCAGGGAGCAGCGCCGGGAGAGCGCUCACUGACUCCAGCAGCCCGGCACAUGCGGCAGAGGCAUGGAGUAGUUAAUUAUAUAAACAGCUCAUUAAAUGCCGUUGGAUACGCGUUAAAUGCGCUAUUUGAUGGCGCUCUGGAUUUGCGUGUAAAGGGCUGCGCUUCGGGCUGGGCCUGCCUUAAAUCUCUCUGCAAAGUCUUGGCGGUGGGAGUGGUGCAUGCAUUAGGUAGCACUUUGGGCGGGCACAGGGUAUGCUGCGAUUGGGGUAUGGCUUUUACAACCUAAAUUAUUCUACAUUAAGAAGUGCAUUAAAUGCACAAUGUGCAUCUUGUAUCCUUCGCUUAUCCACCUUGCUGCACAGUGUGAUUCAGGAGCAAAACCCGAGAGCUGCAGGACAGCCUUUGCCUUUCAGGAGGCCAGCCAUUGUGUGAGAUGCUGCCAGAUGCUGGUGUCUAUUACUUCCCGUGGGAGAUCGACAGCUCAGUCCCUGAGGGGAAGACUCUGAGGACAUUUGGCAGGUUGUGCCACUAUGACCUGGCCCAGUCUGAAGCUGUUCUCACCACACAACACAACUUGGCUCAGUACCAAGUCUGUGUUGACACCAAGUUUGUGGAGCCAUUCCAAGCCCAAGUGGGAUCUUUCUACAUGGUCCUGGGAGAGGCUGAACACAGGGAAGAAACUUCCAGUCCUGUGGUAAAAGCACGAAUAUUGACCUGCGUGGAAGGGAUGAAUGUGCCUCUGCUGGAACAAGCCAUACAGGAGCAGAGAAAAUACUUCAGUGAGAGGCAGGAGCAGAGGGAAAACAGCACAUCCUGACUGCAGCUCUGAGACCAGCCACAUGCUGGUCCUUGCACUACCAUUUGUAACAAAUAUGUUUAAUUUAAAUUAGGAGGUGUGUUUGCUGUGGCAAGCACCAAAGUCACUGAGCAGGGAAACACUUGAAAACUGAGUCAAUGUAUGUGACUGUGGGCUGUGCAGUCCUGCUCCAGGUGUCAUGACUGAAAAUAGCUCUGGGAAGCAGGUUUGUUGUUUGUUUGAAAGGGUGGUUAAGGAAAGAGAACACUUGGGUUAUACUGGUCCUUUCAUAAUGCACGACAUGAAGUCAGAAGAAGAAAUCUCUGAAUCUGGAGUUAAGCAGCUCACCUUUGGCAGAUGGGGGGAAAAGGGCAUUAGCACAAAGUUCAUUAGCCCUGCCUGGCUGCAGGGCCCAUGAAUGCCUGUGUUGGAGUACCCUGACUCAGCUGCCACACAGGAACAUUCCUGGCAAAACACUCAUGUAUCUGGAUUAACCAAAGAAGAAGAACAGAGUCCCUAUUUUCAGUAGCACCUGCCUCCUCAGGUGGGAAGAACUGGUAUCUAAGGAGAGGAUUAAUUCUAACUCUAAAAUAAAUAUUUGCAGUACUCUGAGUACUUGACUUUCUUCCUUGACACAACUAAGUUUAAGAGACCUUAAAUCACUAUUUUUGAAGUAUCUAAAGAUUUUGAUUGAAAUUUUCCUAAAUAAAGAUGAAAAAUAAAGGCA